AUGUCAUCUGAAUUGCAGCGUGACGCGGGCUCGCUGCGCUAUAGCAAACUCUGCUUGGAGGUCCUCCUACACAACAAAUACAACACGUUCUCAUUCAACGGACAAUCUACGUUUGCGAGUUUCUUGACUCAAUUUUCAUCGACGAACGUUGCGGUUAGCACAGCGCUGGCAACCUUCGGAGCAAUCUACGAAGCCAUCAUUCUUCAAAGAACACAGUCUGGUUUAUCUCUGACGUCCAUCCAGUAUUGCAAGGCCCUGGCUGCCCUGCAUAAAGAUGUAGCCCUGCAGAGCCAUGGCCCUAUCCCCAGCUUCCUUGCCAGCCUGGUAUUGGCUGCUGCGCACGCCCUUCAACGACAUUAUACCGACUCCUUGACCCAUCUUCACGGCGCCUUUACGGUGCUCACGAAUUCGAUAACGCCGAGAAUCCAAGACAGUUCGGAAACCAGUCCUGCUUCGUCAAACAGCAGCAUUUCCAUGGUGAUGAACACCUAUCAAAGUGAACUAUACUCGUUCGCUCAGUCCAUAGACCUCCACACAGCAACAUACGUCCUACACCGACCUCCAGAGCUCCCAUCGUUCUUUGACGCCGCGACUCUGAAUCAGUCCUGGGACCCGACUUUUCUGGAGACGGCAUGUCACGUCCUUCAACAACUACUGCACCGCUGUUAUCACGUCGCAAAUGCAGUCUCGCACUACAAGUACCUUCCGCGCUCGCGAUUCCCGGCAGACCUGAUGCUGGAACAAGGCCGGUGUAUCGCCUACCUGUCACAAUGGCUCGCGAAAUGCGACGACGGGUUCCGCGACCGACCCCUCAGCUGGACACAGUCGAGCUGCCGGCAGACGUACCUGGUGCACCGAGUUCAGUGUCUCAGCACAUUGAUACACCUGUCGUCGGUCUCGAGCCCAUAUGAGAUGAACUAUGAUAUAUACACCACAUACUUCGAGCAGAUCAUACGGAACGCAGACGAGGUGCUUGGCAGCAGUAGUUUUGGCUCCUCUCAAUCGUCAACCUCCAGCUUCCGCGUCCAGCCAGGUCUAGCGCAGGCUCUGUUCUUCACGAGCUUGGAGUUUCGUGAUGGGGUACAGCGCCGUAGGGCCAUCGAACUACUCUCUAAGCUGGGCAUGGAAGGACCCUGGAACCCGGAUAUUCUGUGCAGAAUCGCUAGGCGCGCUGUCGAGAUCGAGGAAUCCAACGCGCUUUCCGCAUCGUCGAUGGAGGAAUAUGUCCAUGCACCCCUCAAAGUCGAAAUCCCCGAGAAAUUUCGUUUACAUGGUUGUGGCAUUGACUCUGAGGCAGGUGAUUUGGAGGCCAACAAGAAUGGAACAGUGAACUUCAGCCUCUGUGUCGAUGUGGACUACAUGGUCAAUUCGGAGGAUCACGAAAAUCAUAGGCAUUGGAUCAUUUGGGCAGAGCCAAUCGCUCUAAGCCUGCCUGGAAUGGAGACGUGA